AUGCCUCGUGAUGCCGGCCCCCGCAAGCCCACCCUCAAGCAGCUGGCGAAGCAGAAAGCGAAGGACAUCAAGACCCGGGAGCGCAACGAGGCGACGUUCGCAUCCGCCGUUCAGCACUCCAAAAGCACCAUACUCGACGUGGACAUGCGGUUCAUUCAAGACACGCUGACCCAGAACCCGACUUGGAUUUCUCCACUCGCUGGUCUGAUCCGCUCGGGCUCGUUGAAUGGUCUUCUGAAGGACGUUGCCAAGAAGGAGGAGACCGGUGGACUGAGAUGGAAGGGCAAGUGCACCAAAUGGGGCAGUUUGCCGCUUGAGAUGGCGAGCUUAAUGCUCAAGCAUUGCGGUGUGGAGCUCGCGGAGGACGUACAGAAGGACGAACCCGUCGUACGGACCCUCUUCGAGAUCCAGUUCUGGGCAGCCAAGUCGGCGUCCUUGCCAUCUCGUGCGGACAUUCGCUAUCAGUCCACGUUGGUCAAGUUAGCGAGGGCCCGCAUGGAGGACGUUGGUCGCAACUACAUAGCUGCGGUGAACUCGGCGGAGGCUAUCAGUGUUGACCGGGACAGGUACAACAUCUGGUCACUUGAGAACAACACGUUGUACUGCCACGUCUUUGCCACACAAGAUGGACACCCUCGCCGUUCCCGCUCGGAGUUCGUACCCAACGAGUCGUACCUCAGCCACGAGCUUCCUACUCUCCCGGACAACAAGACGUGGCAAUUGGACGACCCUUUUGCGGUGGACUGUGUCAUUUCAGAUGGACAGCAUAACUCGUUGUUCAGUUUUGAAUGCGCGAGUUUCUUUCCUACUUUGCCGGACAUGAAGGCCAAGUGGACCUUCGACUUGUCGUCGGACGCAGACACCACGGACGCUCUGAAAAAAGAGAUCGAGUCGCACUUUCUCCAGAGUUCGUUCUCCCUCCUCAAGCAGCAGGAGCACGCUGCAAACGCCGAGAAGAAGGGCACCAAACGAAAGGCAUCCUCGCAGCAGAUGCAGGACGACAUGGAGGACGACAACGAGCAAGCGGACAAUGAGGAGCACACGGGUGACCAGAUGGAAGAGGUAGCAGCUGGACGAAGCACACGUUGUACAGAGUUUGCCACGUCGAGCUUUGCAACGAUUGUUCUUUUGCAUCAAUGGCACCAGGGUAUGCGCAAAGAUGCCAAAUGGAAGAAGCCGGCAGAGGAGGUAUCCAAGCUGGCCGGGGAGUUGCUUCAAGGCCUCGCUUCCUUGUUCCUGCAGACCCCGCAGGACUUCUCAUUCACGUGGGACGGAAACACUCUGGUGCUGCCGUUCAAAGGAGGUUCGCUGGACGUGGACGAGGUUGUACUGCAAAACAGUUUACUUGCUAAAGUACUACACCGCGAUCGUUCCCGAUUCAUGGACGUGCUGCAGGAUGUGAAUGUGGACUGCACCCGUCGGACAAUUGGAGACACUCGCAAGUCAUCUAGUUUGAGGACGAAGUACUACUUGUUGGCGGCUUUGGCACGUGCCAUGGAUUCGUCGGACGACACGCAUUCCUGCUGGACAUCUUUGAAUGUGAAGCAAGUGAUGCAGCUUAGGAGCACCUCCGGAUAUCGUCGGUCGUCCACGAGUUUUCGACAAGAGGUUGCGAGUUCAUCGAAUGCCACACGCAGGACACUUACCUCCACAUUGCAAGGACAUGCGUUCACCGUGCAGGACAGCAGCGAACAGCAGGACGAACAAAAGAUCAAGAAGCACGCUUCUAUGGACGCACACAGGCUAGCACGCAUGGAGCGAUACGCCUAUGUCACGCAGGGCAAGUCAGAUUUCCUCUCGACGGACAUUUUGUGCGUGGUGGUCCAGAAAUCGUCCGUCUUGUCGGCUGAGCAGUGGAAAGCUAUGUGGAACAAGGCUUCCAAGAAGUUCCUCGGGAUCGAGAAACCCGUUGGACCUGGUCAUGCGGAGGACCGGCUGGCCACACUGUCUUGGAUGCAGGACAUAAACCACGGCUUGCGACCCAUUGGCUGGACUUUUGGCUGCUGCCAGAGCACGCCGGCCGGCCCCGCGGAGGACGACACGAAGGCUAAACGUGCACCGAUCAUGAUUUUGUGCACCGACCAAGAAGCAACACAGCUGGCGGCUGUCUCCUUCUUGAGGAACAAAAAGAGCCUCUGGAUCGAACACGUCUCGGACCCCGCCCACAGGUCGCACAACGACGUGGCUUUGGCCUUGUCGGCCGCUGGACUCCUGAAGUUCUGCACAUGGUGCAUCUCGCUGUACAACAUCAGGUAUGGACCCUGGCAGAAGGGCUCGUGGGCGUUGAAGAUCCAGCAAGCCGCAAAUCGCAUGAAGGACAACAUGGACCCCUCGGACCCGAUAUUGCUCCUUUUCUUCCCGGACAUUCUGCUGGACGCCGGCCUCUCCCCCCUGGACGACAACACGGAGGAGAAACGCAGGUCGUUUUUGCAGACAUUACCCGACAUGGACUGCAUCCGCAUCAAGGGCACGAAGGCCAGCAAGAGUCGGUUCAAUUCCCUGACGACGGCCCACAGCGCGCUGGACAAAGAGUGGUCGGUCUUGGCUUUAGUUCUCACGGUGGUCUGCUUGGAGCACAACUGGGCAGUUUCCACUAAGGACCUCUUCUCGCAGGACAGCAACCAGGCCCGUGCCUCGGUUCCAUAUGGUGGAAGCAAGUCUUCUGCCAUACAGGAGGCCAAGCAAGGCAUGGACCAGGAGCGGAAGGGCAGCGCGAACAGUCUACACUUAAUGACGAAGUUCGUGAUCUCGCAGGACAACAAGACGACAGCCAGGAUGAUGUUCCAGGUCUUGCAACCCGAAGAGCUUCGUUGUUCGCUCAUGCUCAAGCAGCUGCGUUCCAAAGGCAUGACGAAGGACUACUACUCUGGCUGGGCACACUGGUCUUGGAUGAGCACUGCAAAGGACCACGUCAGGACUUUGUCGAAUUUGGAAGGUUUAUCUCGUGUCGGCCUCGACCUGACACUGGCACGCGCACAACCCCCGGAGGAGACAGAGCUUGUCUGGCAGGACUCGCUCGCAGGCCAAAUGACGCAGUUGACACUACAGAUCCUGCGGCUGCGGGCCGGGGCACAGCUGUACCAUACUGGAGGUUUCGGUGCGACCGCAGGACUAGUCCAUGCUGAAGAGCAGUUCCGUCGGGCAAGCUUGGAUUUUUUCAAAGAGAUGCAGUCUUGUAUCCAGGACACGCACAGUGGUGGUUCUCGUAUGGCAAAAAAAUUGCUCGAAGGUCAUUUCUCCCAAGGGCCGAUUAGUCGGUACAUCCUCGCCGAUCUUUGCACUACCCGGUUUCAGAGCCUUACGGAGGACGUUGCACACGUAUUGACCAGCAUUUGGUCGGGCCUCUUGAACACGAAGAUCAUCGAAGACUGUAAUAAAGUCCAGCGCGAGGCCGAGCAACGACAUUCGUCUUCGAAGGACUUGGGUCGUUUGGACGGAUGGAAGGCUGUGACCCAACAGGCCGUGGUCAAGAUGUACGAGAGGGUGGAGGCACUGUCAACGGAGCUCUACCACACGCCGGCAGCGUUUGACGUGGCCAAACUUUUCUGCAAAGACACCGAGAAGAAGAAGAUUCAAGCAGUUCGUCGUCGUUCCGAUUCGUCGGUCAGCACGCAGGUCAGUGCCUCGGAGGUGCAGGAAGCACAGCUUCUUGCAGACGUGACGAAGACGAGGGACUGGGUCUCCCACAACCACGCCGAGGAACAGGAGGUUUUGGCUGCCUUCAGUUUACUGAUGAAGGCGUGGAGGGCCAAGCGAUGGUCGCUUUGUGAAGAAGGUUGGUGCUCUGGACUUUUGCCCGAAGGACAUGUUGUACUGGCAGGUGCAGACCCGUUGUUCAUCGUUCGGACAUACCGUUUGGCUGCACUCGCAUGGCCCGGCAAGAUCGUUAAGGACAAGGACCAUGAGUUUUCGAAUUCAACAUGGGCGUUCGGUCUCUCUUUUGGAUGCACAGCACAUCUUUGGACUUGGAAGUGUUGCGGCUGCGAGUUGUUUCACCUCUGCGUGCCUCGGCUGCAGUACAGUUGA